AGCAAACCAAAAACCACCAAACUCUCUCACUUUCUCUGAAUGGAUUCUCUUUUCCUGCUAUUUUGAAUGUAGUUCUACUGCCCCAAGGUUGGAACUGGGUGUCACUAGUCCUAGUUUCACACCUUGAGGAGGAUGACAUCUAAACUAAAGAAAAGGUUGCGUUCCAUUGUACCCCUCCACUUGCAGGGCGAAUCCGCCCUCAGGUUUUGCUUGUUCUCUGAUGUGAAGUCCUCAGUGUAUAAUAGCCCAGGCAACGCGCCCGUUUAUGUUAAUGUCUAUGACUUGACUCCUGUUAAUGGAUACUUCUACUGGGCUGGUGUCGGCGUCUUUCACACCGGGAUAGAAGUUUAUGGAGUUGAAUAUGCAUUUGGGGCACAUGAACACCCGACAAGCGGCGUGUUUGAGGUUGAACCUAAACAAUGCCCCGGCUUCAAGUUCAGAAGAUCCAUUCUCAUGGGAACAACGUUUUUGGACCCAGUCCAAGUUAGGCAGUUCAUGGAGCGCCAAUCUGCGAAUUACAACGGCGAUUCCUAUCAUCUCAUCACCAAGAACUGCAACCAUUUCUGUCAGGAUGUUUGCCACAAGUUGACAGGGAACAACAUACCGAAAUGGGUGAACCGGCUAGCAAGAAUAGGAUCACUAUGCAACUGCAUACUCCCGGAAUCCCUUAAAGCAUCGGCUGUGCAACAGAAGAGUGAGGAUUUUCACAGGGGGGGACGAUGAAAAGAGGAAUCUCAGAAGCUUAUCCUUUGGCUGCUUGUCUUCAAUCUCAAUGCGACGAAGGGAUAGGGAAGUGCCAUUGUUCUUGCACUCGCAUUGUUUGCCAACCUGGGGACUGAAGGCCUCUAGAAGCGGUUCUUUCAGGGAGUCUUGAGAGUACGUUUCCGAGCUUGGGACCUGAAGAAGCUUGAAGCUGUUCCUUAUGGAGGGGAGAUGCAACUUUAACCCCAGGGAUGACACCAAGGUUAACGUUGUCGGAGAAAGUCAUGCACACAUAGUCAUCGUCUCUGAAAAGUCAUUGUUUGUGAAACACUGGCAGUGUCAGUCUUGGUGUGGUUGUAGCAUGACCCUGAUAGAAUUAUCUUGAAGAAGAUCCACUAUGAACUGAUGCAUAAUGGCUUUGCCUUC